AUGGUAUUGCAUCGCUUGAAGAAUAAAAUUGGGGGCUCUGAUAGCUCUUCGGCUCCAGAGGAGGGAGAUGACAUUGGAUCUGAGAAUCAAUCGAUUCUUAUGGGUAUCAUAUCUCAAUUGCGCCCUGGUUGCGACUUGACUAGAAUUACCUUGCCUACUUUCAUCUUAGAGAGGAGAUCCAUGUUGGAGCGCAUCACUAAUGCGUUUCACACACCCCAAAUCCUUUUUGAAGCAAAUUCCACAUCGAAUGAUGUUGAACGGUUCCUUCUUAUCGUUAAGUGGUACUUGUCAGGAUGGCAUAUCGCCCCAAAAGCGGUAAAGAAGCCCCUUAACCCUGUUUUGGGGGAGGUUUUCUCUUGUUUUUGGGAUGACCUUCCAGACCAGUCGACCGGAUACUACGUUGCUGAGCAAACGUGUCAUCAUCCACCCGAGUCGUCUUAUUUCUAUAUGGUUCCCGAGAAGAAGAUUCGUGCUGAUGGUGUAGUUAUCCCUAGAUCCAAAUUUUUGGGUAAUUCCCUGGCAGCAAUGAUGGAAGGUGUCGCUCGCUUAACACUCGGCGAGCAUGAUGAUGAAGUGUAUACUAUGAAUCAGCCGAACGUCUACUGUCGUGGCAUCCUUUUUGGAAAGCUCAAAAUGGAACUUGGCGACCAUAUGGUGAUUAGAUGCGAGAAAUUAGGUUUAGAGGCUGACAUUGAGUUCAAGACGAAGGGUUUCAUCUCUGGUGACUAUGACGUUAUUGAAGGAACUGUAAAGGACUUAAAAUCCCUGAAGACUCUUUACACAAUUACUGGAAAGUGGAAUGGCUCAAUGGAGAUCCAAGAAGGCAAGGGUGCCAAGGAGUUGUUCCUCGACACCAAGCAGACUCAGACUUACCCACUCCAAGUGAAGCCGAUGGACGAACAACUUCCUCACGAGUCUCGUAAAUUAUGGGACAGUACUAUCAAGGCGCUCGGAGAGAAUGACCACAGGACGGCCACGGAUGAGAAGUUCAAGAUCGAGGAGGAACAAAGAGUCAAGGCAAGAGAGAGAGCUGAAACUGGGGAACAAUUCGAACCGAAGAUUUUCCGUAAGGUGGAUGGUGAGAUUCCCUUCAUCGUCAAUUGUCUGGUUGAUGUCAGCAAUGACUCGCCUGAAGAAAUGAAGUUUAAAUUGAACGAGUUGUUCAGAAUUGUACCGCAAGAUAGAGCUUGA